GGGCACAGGUGAAAACCUUUACAAGUGCUGCAGACGUUGGCCAGGCCUUUAAAUUCAGAGCAACCCGGAGAGGAGAAAGGAGAGUGGGUGGGGGUUCCGGCGUGGAAGAUGGAGGUCCGAUUGCCUGACUUAGCUUUGAAGCGGAUCUUCUCUUUCCUGGACGUAUUCAGCUUGCUGCAGGUUUCCCAGGUGAACAAGGAUUGGAAUAGGGUUGCAGACAGCAAUUACCUGUGGAGGGCACACUCUCUGCAGAGAUGGGACUGCAGCAACAUCACCGAUCGACACCUGGGUGCAUUCACGUGGAAGCAAUUGUUCCUGCACCAAAGAAGGAAGGAGCUUCGGUUGUCAUUGGCACAGCCGGAUAACUUUACCUACAAAAUAACUAAGAACACUGCAUAUGAAGCGGGUUUGGCUUAUCUCUCAGGAAAUAGCUUUACAAUGGAUGAACAGGAGAAGUCAAUCAUUUGUAGUGUCUCCCCAAAGAAAGAGCUUUGUGCCUGGGAUGUGCAAGAGGGCACCACGAUCUGGUCAAGCCCAGUCCAGAAGUUCCAGUUCUCAAAUCUGGUAACCCUCCCUCAGAUGCAUCUUGUCAUCACUGAGGAUAUGAGCAAAAUGAUCAAAGUGUGGAAUUGUCAGGACAGGGAUCCUCUGGCCACUUUCCCCAUGCCAGAAACCUGUUAUUGCAUGGAAGCCCAUGUCACAAAGGAUGGCCCAUUCCUCAUGGUUGGCGACGCUGCAGGUGACAUCUACACAUUUACACUGCCUGAGUUAAGGGAUGUUUCUAAAGUUACUGCAUUUCAAUGUGCUAUUGUACUUCUACGCUGCUCUCCUGACAAGAAAUGGGUGUUUGCAUGUGGGACAUACAGUUGUGCCUUUCCACAGGUGUUCCUCGCAGAGGACUUGCUGAGACCAUCAGAAGGCAGCGCUCCCCUGUCUACCUUUCUCCCACAUAAAUUCUGCACCACCGCCUGCUGGAACCCAAAGAUGAAAAACAGGAUUACACUGAUGUCCGAAAAUGACCGCGGAAAAAAGACAGAAAUUAUCACCUUUGAUCUAACAACCAGGAAUACUGGAGGUCAAACAGUCGUCCAAGCAUGUGAGAUCUCACGUUUCCAGUUGGCACCUCAUCUGAAGUGCCCUUUCUGGAUAGGAGCCAGUGAUGGAUACUUGGUUGUCUUUCCCAGUGGGCCAUACUUGCUCCUUUUCAGCAUCACUGGCUUCCUGCUGCAACGAUUUCAGGACCAUCAGACACCCAUCAACAACUUCUGGGCGGAUGCUCUCUAUGUGCUCACCACAUCCGAAGACUCAGUGCACCUGUACCUAUGGGAAGAGGGAGGCUGCCCUCCAUACCUCAGGAGCUGCUGUCACCUGGACAAUACAUGGCGUGAUCACGUACCACAUGGAUGCGCUUCUUACUUCACAGAAGCUGUGACCCCCACCAGGCCCUGCUCAGGGGUCAAGGAGCGCCUCAGCCAGUCCUGCAGUCUGGGAUAUGAUGGGGAGACCAUGAGACUCUCCCAGGGUGCAGACACCACCUCCCCCUGUGGGGCCAAGGCCAGUGUUCAGAAACAGUACAGUCUCCCCAGGGGCCUGGAGGCUCUUGCCACUCUCCGGAAGCCCUUAGUCCCCAACUCCCUGCAGACUGGUGUCACAGGGUUGCUGGGUUCGGGGAGCAGGCUGGGUACCACCCCAUGA